AUGACUAAUCACACGGUGCGCCACACCGGGAGGCUGCCAAAGGUCCCCCUGUGGCUGGUGCCUGCCUGGACGGCUGGCUCUCAGGCAGCGCGAGUCCCUUCCCGGGGCCAUCUACUCGUGUUGUUGGAAGCACACAUACAAUCACCCUCGAACCGCUCCGGCUGCCUGGCAACUCUCCCUUUCGUUAAUGUUGCGCGCCCAUCCGGUUGUGUGAUCUCUUUCCAUCCCUUUACACUCUCGCCACCCACACGCGUCCGCUUCGAGUCCCUGGGUGCAACCCUUCUCAACACAUCCAGUUUGCGCUCCACCAUCGCUCCCGUCGCCGACAACGGGACACCCCGUUGA